UGAGCUAUGAAUACAUUUUCAGUAAUAUUUUGUAUUAAGUUGACUGCGUAAGCGCGUGAAAGCGGAUCGUUGUUUCCCGAGCUCCCGGUUUCCGGUCGAGGGGGACUUCUUUCGCUGACGGACCCGGAAGUUUUGUGAGGUUAACUCGGUUUUCACUACAACAUUCACUUUUGGGAAACCUCGACAACAUGUGGAGAAGAGGUUCAGCACAGGUGUUCAGGCAGCUGAUUCGAAACAGCACCACUGACUCCAGCCUCAUCCUGGAGAGAUCAAUAAAUCGUGUCCAGUUGUUAGGCCGAGUGGGCCAGGAGCCCGUGAUGAGACAAGUGGACGGCCGCAACCCUGUCACCAUCUUCUCCCUGGCCACCAAUGAAAUGUGGCGCUCCGGGGAAGGCGAGACCAGCUCGUCGGGUGACAUCAGCCAAAAGACAACAUGGCACCGUGUGUCCAUCUUCAAACCCGGUUUGAGGGACGUGGCCUAUCAGUACGUCAAGAAAGGAGCCAGGAUACUUGUGGAGGGGAAGUUGGAUUACGGUGAAUAUGUGGACAAGAAUCAAGUGAGACGCCAGGCCACGACCAUCAUCGCAGACAACAUCAUCUUCCUGAGCGACAAUGUUCGCGACAGAACAUGAAGGCCUCCUUCUGCACACUUGUUUUCUUCUUUUUUUUGUGUACCCAAAACGCUGCGGAUGCCGCAGUGACAGACUUUUUUCAUACGACGCGAUUUGAAGACACACAAAAGGCGUGUUGGACUGUGGCGCAUCCUACUUGUGGGGAACAUCAUCCAGUCGGUACUCCAAAUGAAUCGCACAAUUCUUGCAUUGAUUUUGCAAUGUAGUUUGUGU